CAGACAUGCGCGGAUGCGGACAAUUAUUCCGUGGGUUUGCCAUAAAACGCCACUGCGAUCAUUCAAGUGUGAUGCAUUAUUGCGGUGUGGUCCUUGCCGCUUAUCGGCUAGGGCGUCUGCAUAUGGGCUCAUUCUUGGAGAACAGCCACAAGAUUCAUGUGGUAGGAAUUAAAGAACUUCGAUUACUAGAAGGUUGUAUCCAUCACCGUAAGG